AUGGGGUCGGCGGCGGCGGCGGCGGCGGCGGCGGCGGCGGCGGGGGACUCGGCGCAGUGGCUGUCGGUGAAGGAGGAGACCAUCUUCCUGCACGACGGCCUCAUCCGCGUCACCGACCUGGCCGAGCUGCCCAGCGAGAUCCUCGGGGGCCCGGAGCCCGCGGACACCGAGCUGGAGAUUUUGACAUUCGAGACCAAGAAUCCCACCGAGUUAGCAGAACGUUUGCGUUCAGUGUGUGGAAACCAGAGCAAUGCCUAUGCCCGCCUGCUCGAGUACCGCCUCAACGCUCUGCGGGGCCUGUGGAACGCUCAGCGGCAGCUGGCCUUGGAAGAACAACACGAAAGGGAAAACUCUGGGGACGAAGAAACUCUGGCCCUGCUCAAACGCCAAGGGCUCCUGCAGCAACCCGAGCAGGCUCCGUUCACCUCCCGAAUGGGGCUCCUGUUGGUCUUUCCCCUCAUUCAGUCCCAGAGCAGAACGGACCCGUCUCUCUGUAACAUAACCGCCGAGGUGCUCUUGAAUUGCCUGCGGGACUGCCAGCCGUUGAGUUUGACUAAGGAGCCAGCUGACUGUCUUAACGGGAUCGAGGCAUUGCUCUGCUCUUGGUUGGAGGAGACGACUGCUUCGGGCCAGCAGAUCCCGUAUAAGCAAAAAGAAAAUGCCGCCGCUGCUCUCGUGGCCUUGGCGUGUGCAAGGGGUUCGUUGAAAACAUUUGUUCAUACAGUCCACCUGUUACAGAAACAGACCGAUCUGGGGUCCCUGCCUGUAGCCGACGUGUUGUACAGGUUGCUGCUUUUGGAAGGGGGGCCGGGAUCCCCUUCCUGUCUGCUCGGAGGGAAGCACAUGGUGUCGUGGGGAUUUGAAGAUAUGUUGCCUGCACCUGAUGGUAAUACAGGCUCCAGUGCUGAGAAUAAAGAUGCCGAUUUGGGACGCUGCCUCACAGCAGAUGGCCUCUACCUGUAUACCACUAAUUCUGUUGGUAGAGGAGUAAGCAAAUUAGGAUCUGGAUUACAUGGAACUUUACGAGGUUUUGUGUACUGCCGUAAUGAAGAGCUGGAGCCAGGAUGGAUUGCUUUCGGCAAUGGCAAUCUACUUCAUCGGCCUGUCUCUUUUGAUAAUAAGCCUCACUCCCUCUUCCAGGUCAUUGACCAGAACACCCUUCAGGUAUGUCAGGUGGUGCCAAUGCCAGCAAACCACUUUCCGACGGGCAGCACUAUGAGCACUGUGCAUCUUUCUUCGGAUGGCACUUAUUUCUAUUGGAUCUGGUCGCCUGCCAGUCUCAAUGAAAAAACACCCAAGGGGCACUCUGUCUUUAUGGACAUUUUUGAACUUGAGGUUGAAAACGGAAUAUGUGUAGCCAAUCCUCUUCAGGAACGCAUUAUUCUCAUGAGGAAAGAGGGAGAGUCUGCAAAAAGUAUUAAUGAGAUGCUUCUGAGUCGGCUUUCGAGGUAUAGGGCCUCCCCCUCAGCAACUCUGGCUGCCCUAACUGGCUCUACCAUCUCCAAUACUCUGAAGGAAGAUCAAGCAGCUGCCAACACCAGCUGCGGGCUGCCGCUGAAAAUGUUGAGGAAGACCCCUGUCUACACAUGUGGUACCUACUUGGUGAUGUUGGUUCCGCCUCCAGGAGGAUCAGGCAGCUCUGCCACCCGCUCACUCUUCGGAGGGACAAGUGGUUUGUCCUCUUUAAAAAUUCUUGCUUCUAGCUUGGUGUACAAUAUUUCGGACGGUCAGUUCACUAGCCGGGCAGACCUCAUCGAUGCUGCAGGAAGCUCACUCGGGCGUGGUGCACUCGUACCAGGACUGGGUGCGUGUUAUGAUACAGUAAAUAACAUGCUAUGGACCUGCUCCAAUGACUAUAUUGAUCAGUGGUGCAAUCCUGGGAAUCAAGCUUUCCAUUAUGUCUGCCAGAGACUAGGAGUCAGCCACAUCAUCACGGAACCAAAAGGAGAGGCUAUAACCACAAAUGAGGUUAUAAACCAGUUAUUGCACCAUGUUGGUGCUAUGUGCAUCCAUCAACUCAAUCUUCUCGCAACCAAUAGCAACUUGCCAAUAACGAAUUUUCUGGGCAAGCAACAUCCAAUUGAAGCACACCAUCUUAGCAGUAUUUGUGACAUUAUGGAGAAAGCCAUGGUCAAUGGAGACACCUGUAUUAUCCGCUGCAUCCUUGUCGUCUUUCAGGUGGUGUUUAGGUUUUUCUUCAGUCAGCAAUCGGAACGGAAUCGAGACAUCAUUCGUCGUUCUGGGCUUCUACUGUGGCAGCUGUUGAUGGCCCCGAGAGACCAGAUUUGCCCUGAAAUCCAGAAGGAGGUCUGUCUAGCCAUCAGCUCUGGUUUAAAUAUCCUAUACCCAGGGGAGAUGGAAAUGAAUAAUUUACUUAAACUGGUUCUAACUGAAGGAGAGAGGAAUACGGGGCUUUCCCAGCUCCGUGAUGUGAUCCUGACUAAUUUAACAGAACAGCUGCAGAACAACAGAUUUGGGAGUGAUGAAGAUGAUCAUUACAGACUAAAUGAUGAGCUAUUGCACUACAUUCUGAAGAUUGUUGUUCGGGAAUCCUGUAUCUUAAUCACCAAGUGCCAAACUGUCUCUAAAGAUGAUUUUCAAAAACUCCUUUCAACUGUGCCUGCUGCAUCAUCCUGUUUGCGGUAUCUGAUGGCAGUACAGAACCACCUUCUCAGUAAUACUAUUUUGAUUAAACCUGAUGAGAACGAUGACAGUGACAACUCCUUGCAGGGCGAGACAUUGAAGGUACAGGAGCUAAAGACGAGUAUUUUGGCUCUUGCGACCCAAAUCUUGACUGGAUGUGAUGAAGUUUUAGAAAUGCUACAGCAGGUCACGACGGCUCUCAUAAACAGUGACACAGCGGACCGUGAACAGAGGUUAAAAGGCUUGGAACAAGUUACGAAGGCUACCAUGCUUGGUCACCUUCUCCCAGUAUUACUCACUUCCCUGAUGCAUCCAAAUCUGCAGACUUUGACAAUGGCUGAUGCCCUGAUGCCUCAACUGGUUCAGCUUGUCCUUUAUACCAGUCAGACUGCCUUGCUGCUUAAAACUCAGUCUCCAGUUUUUUCGGAAAUGGGCUCUCCCCCCUGCGGUGCCUUAGAUCAGAAGGGCAAGCUGUUUCCAGAUGAGAGAAUGCUGGAAGAGAAAGAAGAACCAGGCUUUCUCACCGGUUUAAAGAUUCCUGCUCCCUGGGCCGCAGGGAAGACUGUAGAAACAGUUCAUCCAGUCAGGGACAACUAUAAGUUUAAAGAAACGGUCCACAUCCCAGGAGCCCGUUGUCUCUAUCUUAGAUUUGAUAGCCGAUGUUCUUCACAGUAUGAUUAUGAUAAGUCUAACAGUAUAUUUUCUGUUUUGAAGUUGGUGAUAUAUGCUGGGCCUAACACUAACAGUAGGAAGGUUGCUGAAUAUGGAGGCAAUACACUGGGAUAUGGCAGUCGUAGUGUCUUAGGAACUGGUUGGCCGAAAGACUUAGUGAAGGUUGAAGGAGAUACAGUCACCUUCUCCUUUGAAAUGAGAAGUGGCCGUGAACACAACACUCCAGAUAAAGCUAUGUGGGGCUUUGCUUGCACAGUUCGCGCUCAGGAAUCUUCAGAGGAUGUGUCAGGAGGAUUGCCCUUUUUGGUAGACCUGGCUUUAGGUCUGUCUGUAUUAGCUUGUUCCAUGUUAAGGAUCUUAUACAAUGGACCAGAAAUUACCAAAGAAGAGGAAACCUGUCAGGAGCUCCUAAGAUCUAAACUUUUACAAAGAUGUCAGUGGCAAGUGGAAGCCAAUGGAGUAAUCUCUCCUGCUCUUACACCAAGUCCCUCGCCCCUGCCGCUUACCAUAGACGAAGACCGAGAAUUCACAUACCCAUCUGAUGUCCUUGUGCCUCCAGUUGGAAAUUACUUCGAUCUACCUAGGAUCAGGCUGCCACCCGGCAUCAUGAUAAAGCUCAGGGAAAUUUCUGGGCGGGCUAGACCUCAGUUUCGACCAAGCAUAAAGGAGGUGAUUCAACCAGAUGUGAUGGAAGAAAUGGUAGUUUCGUGUGUUAUUAAACACUUGAAUUUAGUUGAUGCACUGCAGUCCCUGAUAAAUUUCCAAUAUCAAGAGGAGCAUGCUGAAGAGUAUGAUUUAUUAUGUAAAAUUAUGGGCGAGACCUUUAAAAAACUCAAUGCCAUGGAAAGACAGCUGCAGAGUGUUGCUGAACUGGAACAGAAAUGGCAAAGUGAGGUAGAUGAAGCCUUGCAAGGAAAGCUGGAAAACAAUGCUCCAUUCUUUUACGACUAUCAUUUCAAUGAAAACAAAAUGAAAGAAUUAGAACUUUUAUGUUCAAUGAAGGAAGUCUCCUUUGAUGGAAGUGAUCUUGAGAAUAUGGUCCUGUCACUGAGAGAGAAGUUUCUACAAGAAGUGAAUUCUCUUAUUCAGAAACCCUCACAUCCAAUGGCUAAGACUAAAACGUUGGUUAAGAGUCUGAUGAACAGAGCAGAACUGCUGUUGCAUGUGACAAUUGCAGCCCAGUCUAGCCUCACAAGAAGCAUAUCAGGCACCCCAGCUGAAACACCAGCAUGUAAGUCAGCAUCGGAAACAAAGGUGAUAUCGCCUGUUAUCCGGCAGCCCGUCUUUCUCCGCAGCAUGUCAGCUCCUUCUGACCUGGAAAUGAUCGGCAACGAAGAUUUGGAAUUUACUAGGUCAAAUCAGAGGCGGCGCCACGUUACCAGCCAUCGCAGCAGCUCUUUUACUCUCCUCCAGUCAUUGGCCAUAGAAGACAGCAGAGACAAGCCCACGUACAGCGUCUUGCUAGGACAGCUCUUUGCUUUCAUUGGGACAAACCCCGACCAAGCAGUUUCCAGUAGCAGUUUUCUCUUAGCUGCUCAGACCAGGUGGCGGCGUGGGAAUACCCGGAAGCAGGCCCUAGUACACAUGAGAGAGCUGCUGACAGCCGCGGUUCGAGUCGGGGGAGUAACACAUCUCGUUGGGCCGGUAACCAUGGUUCUUCAAGGAGGCCCUAGAAUUGAAGAAUUAACGUGCGGAGGGAUGGUUGAACAGGUUCAGGAAGCUUUUGGAGAGACCAUGACUUCUGUGGUUACAUUGUGUGCUCGUUAUCCUAUUGCUUGUGCGAACAGCAUUGGCCUCUUGUGUACCAUACCCUACACAAGGAGUGAAGAGAAGUGCCUGGUCCGUAGUGGCCUCGUCCAACUCAUGGACCGACUCUGUAGCUUAAGCAGUCAGACGGAAUGCAGCUCCAACGAAAAACAGACGAAGAAACAGAAAGUGGCCACCAUGGCUUGGGCUGCUUUCCAGGUCCUGGCCAAUCGCUGUGUUGAGUGGGAAAAAGAAGAAGGUGGUUCCACGGAGGCCGUCCACUCUGGGUUGGCCCGACAAGUGUCCAGCCUACUCACCAACCACCUCGCUCGAGCUACCGAGUGCUGCGGCAACCAGGCUGCUGGAAAUGAUGCCCUACAAGAUGUCCUUAGCCUCCUGAACGAUCUCUCAAGGAGUCACAUUGGUAAAGCAAUCCUCAGCCAACCAGCUUGUGUGUCCAAACUCCUUUCACUUCUGCUUGACCAGCGCCCUUCUCCGAAACUGGUCCUGAUUAUCCUUCAGCUGUGCCGGGCAGCCCUGCCUCUUAUGAGCGUAGAAGACUGUGGAAAUGUGGAGCUCCCUCCCUGGAGUUACUCUGUGCCCUCUUUAAAUAGCGAACAAGAUGAUCCCAGUGAUCCGGCUUCCAAGAUAGCGUCAUUACUCUUAGCCAAACUGGCCGAUUAUGUGGUCCCAGGUUGUCAGACGGUUCUUUCACCCACUGCUUCUGAACCCGAUACCACUUUGGCCAAAGCCAGUCCAAAAAAUUCCAUAAAAGGAGACAAAGAUCCCGGAGAGGAGAGUGAAGCAGUCGAUGGUAAACUUUCUAUUUUUAUUCACAAGCGAGAGGAUCAGUCAUCCCAUGAAGUUCUUCAGCCGCUACUGAGUAGCUCGGAAGGGCGGCCAUUCCGACUCGGCACUGGGGCCAACAUGGAGAAAGUAGUGAAAAUGGAUCGAGAUAUGACGAAGGGUGGCUGCUGUGAAGUUAUUACGGAAGAGGCUGCGGCUGCUCUUCGCAAGGCAACCAAAUGGGCCCAGUCAGGCCUCAUUGUCAGCGUUGGGCCACCCGUAGAAACGGUCAGCCCAGAGACCACAAGUGGACUGUCCACGGGUGACAAGAAGAAAACUGCUCAAACUUCAAUUUGCCGGGAGAGGAAUGCUGAGCUUGCAAGAACAGACCCGGUCCGACCUUUCAUCAGUGGUCACGUGGCAAACAGUAUGGCAGCAGAAGUGAUCGCUCUGCUGCACAGCUUACUGAUGGCUCCUGAAUCCAAUGCAGCCCAGAUAUGGACGACAACGGCCGAAAAGGUUCUCUCUCAAGCACUGAUGUACAUUCCACAACUGGGAAAAUACGCCGAGAGCAUCUUGGAGAAUGGAAGCAGCAGCGGAAGGAAACUUGCUAAACUACAGAGAAUUGCCCGACAGGCAGUGGCUGCACUGUGUGCACUUGGCGGCUUUAAAGAAACAAUCAAGAUAGGGUCUGAAGUUCAGGUUUUAGGAAGAGGAAUAUCAGGAAGCAUUGGAAUUGUGGCAUCAAUUAAUGAACAGGAAGGUAUAGCCACUGUCAAAUUUCCACCUAUAGAUUGUAGGAAGACCUCGCAAGCAUCAGACACACUGACCAUUCCAUUAUCUAGACUCUGUGUUCCAAAGUCCGAGGCAUUGCCUCUUCAUAAACUGUCCAUUACUGAGAAGGUAGUACAGGCAGUCCAGUCCAUGUUGCUUCCUCAGGAGGGAAGUCUCUCUAUUCAUACCUCACUUCCUGCAACAGGAGAUGGCUCAACUCCAGUAAUGGCAGUGGUUCGACUCCUUGCUGAAAUCAGAACAAGAGCAUGUCUGGUAAUGGCCCAGCUUUUAGAAGACAGCUUGUUCUGUGAAGAAUUCAUACAGCAGUGUCCAGCUGCUGUUGAAGUUCUUAAUCUGGUUGCACAGGAAUGCAGCCCAGGGGAGCGGCACAUGGUUGUAGAAGUACAGUGUGAAAGGUUGAGGAUGCUGUACCGAGACUGUGCUCGUCCCCCUCCCCCACCACUCCAGGCCGACCGGAGACAGCCCAAGGAGAUCACUUGGAGCCCGUCUCGAGUAUUCCCCCCAGUGCGAGCCUGUAUGUUCUCGUCGCACCUGACUGCAGUGACUUUUCUAGCUGAUCCUAGUGCAGGAGGGGGACUGCCUCGGGGUACAUUUAUCUAUGCCACCUCACCACUUCCCAUCCAGGCCCCAUCGUUCUACUGGGAGAUCGAAACGGUUUCCUAUGGAGAUUCGGAUGAUGACACUGGCCCAAUCGUUUCGUUUGGCUUUGCUACCGAUGCAGAGAAAAGAGAUGGAGCGUGGACAAACCCCGUCGGCACUUGUCUCUUCCACAAUAAUGGUCGAGCUGUGCACUACAAUGGCUCCAGUUUACUCCAGUGGAAAAGUGUCCGGUUAGAUGUGACUCUUUCACCAGGUGAUGUGGCGGGAAUCGGCUGGGAAAGAACUGAGGGGACACCCCCUCCUCCGGGGCAGCCAGCAAAGGGCCGUGUCUAUUUCACCUACUGUGGGCAGCGCCUUGUGCCAUACCUGGAAGACGUCUCUGGCGGAAUGUGGCCCGUGGUCCACAUUCAGAAGAAGAACACUAAAAUCCGGGCCAAUUUUGGGUCUCGCCAAUUCGCCUAUGCUGAAGGUCAGGCCCACCGGAAUGCCGCUGACUUGUGCAUUGACCUUGCUGAAGAAAUAAGUGCUAAUUUUGAAGCACUGCCCUUUGCCAUGGCUUCUGACAGCGAUAAUGAUGCUGGUACCAGCAUAGCAUCCGAUCCAGGAACGCAUGGGCCUCCCUGCCGCAUCGCUGCUGUGGCCACAGCUCAACAACAAUAUGACAGUGACACUUCUUGUCACUAUAAAGUGGAGCUCAGUUAUGAGAAUUUCAUUACAUCUGGCCCAGACCCCCACCCCCCACCCAUCGCAGAUGACGAAAGCGAUGACGAUGAUGACGACGACAUUCCUCAGGAGGACCACUAUGCUCUGCUGGUGAAAGCCUGGGAGACCAAAGUUUUCCCAACUAUUAGAAGGCGUUUCCGUAAUGAAGCUGAGCGGAAGUCAGGCCUGGACCAGAUUAAGGGCGCUUUGCAAUUAGGCAUGGUGGAUAUAGCCCGACAGACUGUUGAAUUCCUCUAUGAGGAAAAUGGUGGCAUCCCAAGAGACCUUUACCUUCCUACCAUUGAAGACAUCAAAGAUGAAGCCAAUAAAUUCACAAUUGAUAAAGUUCGAAAAGGUCUCACAGUCGUCACUCGAGCUCCAGACACUAAUAACGUGACCAGCAAUGCUGUCGGAACCGCUCUACCUAAAUUUGCCAUCCGGGGAAUGCUGAAAACCUUCGGCCUCCAUGGCGUCGUUUUAGAUGUUGAUUCAGUCAAUGAAUUGGUGCAGGUGGAAACUUACCUCAGGAGCGAAGGAGUGUUGGUAAGGUACUGGUAUCCUAUUGACAUGUUAGAAAGGCCUCCUGCUGGGUACAGGCGCACCGCAACCAAUGGGCUGGUCACCCUGGACAACACCAACAUUCAAAUCCACAGAGAAUUGCUGAGAUGUGAGGCCUCCCUAGCCCGUUUAUACUGCCGCAUGGCCCUCCUCAAUAUCUUUGCCCCCAAACUGCCUCAUUUGUUUACUCGUCUGUUUCAUAUUCCUGCCAUUCGGGAUAUCACUCUGGAGCAUCUACAGCUACUGUCCAAUCAGCUGCUCCCACCACCUCUGCCUGAUGGCACCAUCAGCUCAAGUUCGAUUCUUUUGGCCCAGUCUCUGCAACACUGCAUCCAUUCCCAGAACUGUUCGGCCACAGAUCUCUUCUACCAGGGUAACUCCCAGUUGAUCAGAGAAUGGCUAGAUGUAGCAAUCACUAGAACCCUGCAUCAAGGAGAAGAGAGUCUUCUAGAUCUGACUAAACAGAUCUGUUCCUUCCUGCAGACGGCUCCAGAACAGUUUCCCUCAGAAGAGUUCCCUGUUUCCGAGUCCAAAGUCAAUAUGGAUGUUAAUUUCCCCGGGGCAGCUUUUGUUGUUGUAUCUUGUAAAGAGAGUCAAUCUGGAUUCCGCAAAGACUCCUCCCUCUAUAAAGCUCCAUGGGUGCGAGUGCUUGUGUAUGGUCUUGGUCAUAAAGUGAAGAGGAAUGGCCAGCUGAACCUCAUCGAAGCUGUUUGCUACCCCCGGGAUGCCUCUCCAACCAAUACGGGCCUUACCCCACCCCCCACGACCAACCAGUAUCCCUCUGUCAUCAUCUCCACUGACAAGGUCCACAUCAAACUGGGAGUCUCUCCUCCUCCUGGAGCGGUUUUAGUAUUGCAUUCUCUGCCCCUGGAAUUCCCACUGGCCAUGGCUUUUACAGAGCAGCUGUUGUCUUGGAAAUCUGAAGGCGGUGAAGGGAAAUCAGAAGACGGGCUUGGCACCAUCCCCGCUUCGGUUCUUCUGCAAGUAGUGGAACUCCUUGGAAACUUUCUCUGGACGACCGACAUGGCCGCUUGCGUGAAAGAGCUGAUCUUCCACCUCCUGGCCGAGCUGUUACGCAAAGUGCACGAUUUGGAGCAGAGGAAGAACCCUUCCGGGCUGUCGUCUUCCAUCGCGCUUCAGCUGAACCCUUGCUUGGCCAUGCUGAUGGCCCUCCAGUCGGAGCUGCACAAGCUGUACGACGAAGAAAGCCAAAACUGGGUGACGGGAAACACCUGCGGUGGCUCCGGCACCGCAGUGGCCGACCAGGGCAGAUUUUCCACCUACUUCCACGCUCUGAUGGAAGGCUGCCUGGCGGUUGCCGAAGUGACGCUGCCCAUCAACAUGAGCGUGACGGCCAGCGUGAUGUCCUCAGCCAACGCGCCGACCCUCAGUGACUCCUCCUCCUCUUCCUCGUCUUCCCCGGGGCAGACGCCUCAGAGUCCGAGCCUCCUCUCCAAGAGGAAGAAAGUCAAAAUGAAGCGAGAGAAGGCCGCCUCCUCCUCCUCUUCCUCGGGGAAACGGUCCUCCUCCCGAACGACGGACUCGGACGCCACCGUGCUCAGCAUAGGGGGAAGCAAACCCGAGGACAUGCUGUGGUUCCACAGAGCCCUGACCUUGCUCAUCAUCCUCAGGCACCUGACCAAGAAGGAUCCCCACGGCCUGGGGGUGACUAACGACGCCAUCGCCGAUGCCUGCCAGGCCCUGGUGGGCCCCACGGCUCACAGCCGCUUGCUCGUGAUCUCCGGCAUCCCCACCCACCUGGACGAGGGCAUCGUCAGAAACGCCAUCCGAAAGGCCUGCAACGCACACGGUGGAGUCUUCAAGGAUGAAAUCUACAUCCCCCUCCAGGAGGACGACCCCAAGAAGCCAAAGGACAAAGCCGAAGGAGGGGAAUGUAAAACGGACUCCGAAAAGCCGGUCGUUUGCGGCGGGGCGGACGGUCUGGAUGUCAGCAGCUCGAGCAGCGUCGCCCCGGCUAUGAGCGUCAGCGCGUCGGCCUCCACCAGCCAGGCCUCCGUCUGCAGCUCCCAGGGAAUCUCUCAGGCGGUCAGCGAUAUGUCCGUGGACCAGUUCCCCCCUGGGCUGGAGUUAGCCAUCCCCCCCAGCUUGCUAGAACCUCACGUCGUCUCCAGCCAGGAGAGUCUGGACAUUUCCCUCUGCAGCACCGGGAGCCUGGGGAGUCUGGGCAGCUUGGGGGAGCCCCCGGAUAACGCCGAAACAGCUUCUGGGUCUGACGUGGGAUCGAUGUACACGGUCACGUCCCUGGACAACCAGCCCUUGACGUCUCGGCCGAUCAAAGGCUUUGCGGUAGUGGAGAUAAGAUCAAGAGCUAAAGUAGAGAAAAUCCGAGCCAGUUUAUUUAACAAUAAUGAUUUGAUUGGCUUGUCGAGUCUGGAUGGUGAAGAUGAAUUAAUGGAAAUGUCAACUGAAGAGAUUUUGACUGUAUCUACUGUAAACCAGAGCCUAUUCGAUACCCAAGGCAGCCCAGGCCUAGAAGAUUAUUUCAACGACAAGUCAAUAAAAGGUGAGAAGCUGGUGCCGGGAGCUCGAGAGGUGCUCACCGACAUAUUUAAAAGUUGUGCCCAUUCGGAGCAGAUGCUGAGCCUGACUCCAGCUAAGCCAAUUAAAGUCUCUGACAUCUACCUCAGUAAAGAACAGAUCAACUCUCAGACACCGGGAAACCUCCUUCACGUAUUCUUCACGAAUGUCCGGCCCCCAAAGAAGGUGCUAGAGGAUCAGCUCACUCAGAUCUUGAGAAAAUACGGGGUGCCCAAGCCUAAGUUUGACAAGAGCAAAUACAGCAAAGCGGGGAAAGAACAGCACCCCGUGAAAGUAGUGAGCACCAAACGGCCAAUCACCAAGCCUCCAGCAAAGGAAAAAUCAGUGCUCAAUAGCGUCAGCAGGACAGCCUUAAGUGAGAAGAAACCAAUUGUGAAACCUAAGUCUCCUGAGAAGAGCAAACCUGAUGAAAAGGACCCUGAAAAGUCACCCACCAAAAAACAAGAAGUCCCUGAAGAAAAGUAUUUGACCCUAGAGGGAUUUCACAAAUUUGUUGUUGAUCGAGCCAAACAAGACAUCCGCAGUGUCUGGAGAGCUAUUUUAUCCUGUGGCUACGACCUUCAUUUUGAAAGGUGCGCCUGCAUUGACGCCAGACAUGCCCAGAAAGCAUCGAAGAAGUGGACUCUGGAGAUGGACGUCGCCCUCGUGCAGUAUAUCAACCGAAUUUGUCGUCACCUGGCCAUCACACCAGCCCGGCUUCACCCUCAUGAAGUGUAUUUGGAUCCGGCAGACACCGCAGACCCCAGAAUCGCCUGUCUCCUCAACAUUCCCAUCGAAAGCUUACGCCUGCGCUUCGCUCUGCUUCAGUCUCUGAACACCACAUUAGAGACGUUCUUCCUGCCACUGGUGGAACUGCGGCAGACGGAGAUGUACGCCAACAGCAUCGCCGCCCUCCUGCAAGAAGCCAAAGGCUUAAUCUUUUAUGACACAAAGGUGAUUGUGAUGAAUCGGAUAUUAAAUGCAACGGUGCAAAGAACAGCGGACCACGCGGCCCCUGAAAUCACGUUGGAUCCCCUGGAGAUAGUGGGAGGGGAGAUCCGGUCGUCGGAAAAUUCCUAUUUCUGCCAAGCAGCCAGGCAGCUGGCCACCGUUCCGUCUUCUCAGCUCUGUGUAAAACUGGCCAGCGGCGGUGACCCCACAUACGCAUUCAACAUCCGCUUCACGGGAGAGGAGGUCCAUGGGACUAGUGGGUCUUUCCGUCAUUUCCUGUGGCAGGUGUGUAAGGAGCUCCAGAGCUCUUCUCUAUCCCUCCUCUUGCUGUGUCCCAGUUCUGCCGUCAAUAAGAAUAAGGGAAAAUACAUCCUGACUCCUGGGCCCAUCACGUACGGAGAAGAACAGCUACUUCAUUUCUUCGGACAGCUGUUGGGAAUUGCCAUCCGAGCGGAUGUGCCUCUCCCUCUGGACCUCUUAUCCUCCUUCUGGAAGACUCUGGUCGGGGAGCCACUGGAUCCCGACGGGGACCUCCGGGAAGCUGACAUCCUCACCUAUAACUACGUCAAAAAAUUUGAAAAUAUAAACGACGAGACGGAGCUGGAGGCUCUCUGCGCGGAGAUCGCGUCCCAGCAUCUCGUGACCGAGAGCCCCGAUUGCCCCAACAAGCCGUGCUGCAAGUUCACCUACCUGACGGUGACGGGCGAAGAGGUGGAACUGUGCUCCCGGGGCCGCCUCAUCGCCGUCGGGUGGGAGAACAAGGACGUGUACGCUGCAGCCAUCCGGAGCCUGAGGCUGAGGGAGCUGCAAAACCAGGACUGCAUGACGGCCGUUCGGGCGGGCCUGGCUUCCAUCAUCCCCCUGCAGCUGCUCACCCUGCUCACUCCGCUGGAGAUGGAGCUCCGCACCUGCGGGCUCCCGUACAUCAACCUGGAGUUCCUGAAGGCUCACACCAUGUAUCAGGUGGGGCUGAUGGAGACGGACCAGCACAUUGAAUUUUUCUGGGGUGCGUUAGAGAUGUUCACCCAGGAAGAGCUCUGCAAGUUCAUCAAGUUUGCCUGCAACCAGGAGCGGAUCCCGUUCACCUGCCCCUGCAAAGAUGGGGGGCCGGAUACGGCUCACGUGCCCCCCUAUCCCAUGAAGAUCGCCCCUCCGGAUGGCGCUGCAGGUUCUCCGGACUCUCGGUACAUCCGUGUGGAAACCUGCAUGUUCAUGAUCAAACUUCCUCAGUAUUCCUCCCUGGAGAUCAUGCUGGAGAAACUGCGCUCUGCUAUUCACUACCGGGAAGAUCCGCUGAGUGGCUGAGGAGAGCGAGCCCCGUCUCGGGGGUGACGUGAAGCGCUCUGCCGGUUCGGGAAGCCCGCCCG